CGACGAUGAACUGGACCUCACCGAGAAGAAACGAGGUUGUGCAGACAACGAUACCUGCUCGUACACCCAUGGUGAACUGCGUGUAAGGCAGGCUGUUAUCCUGCCCCCUCCUUCUUGUACUUGAACCGAAAAUCACAAGCUGUCAGCUGUCGGCCCAUUCCUGAGUCCGACAGUUGCCUUUCCUGGAACAUUACAACCCUCGCUCACUUGGUCUUCGGCCGAGUAGGAAAGGUCAUGCAAACUGUACUGCGAACAAUCUUGCUGUCGUCCAAGCCAACGACGGCAGGGACAAGUAUAUCUCACACCGUAACGCGUCUGCUGUCGACCAACGCAGCACCAUCACCAUGGUUCGUGGACCCAGAGCCACAGCCAUCUCAAAAACACACCCCACCCCAUCUCACACCUAAAGUACAAGAGUUUCCCCCAAAUCUACCGGGUCCGAUCAGACAACUGUAUACAAAAUUAAGCCAGUCUCCUCUCCUGGAGCUAUCCACGUUGGAUGUACGUGAGUCUGUUGCACCUCCGCCAGGUCUACCGCUACCCAAACGGGCACCACGGGGUCGUAGAAGGCGCGGGGGAACAUACGCAGGGGAAGGUAUCGACGAAGACGCCGUGGGUGGUUUAUGGAAUUGGGUCGUCAUUGCACAGGUGAAGGAAGGCACUGAGAAUCGUGGGUCGAUUGCAGCUGUCCUACGAACUGUCCGGAAGACUUUGCUCACGAUGGAUACCCCCAUUUGCCUUCCCCCGGGCUCUAAGAGACGGGCACAUAACGGCUGGGCAGUAGUCGACGCAGGGAAUUUUGCAGUUCACAUCCUUAGUCGAGACGCCCGGCAAAAGUAUUUCGAACACUUGGACCAGUGAUGGGUCUCCACGUCAAUUCC